AUGGCGAACAAUUCAUCAUCUUCUACCGUGAUUGAUAUCCCAGCUGCUCUUCGAUCACAGGGAAACGUAAACGUAAUUGGGGUGGUUGUCGAUGUUUUCCAAGGCGUGUUCAAGACGGCGAACUCGCUUUGUAUAACUUUCACUUUGAAGUCAGAUAAUCUGAAGAAUGGUCAUGUAUGGGAUGGACUGAAAGUCAAGUAUUUUAAAGCUAAUGAGUCUCAACUGCCUCCUGUGCAAGAGGGCGACGUAGUUCUACUGCGGAACAUCUGGAUUAGAAACUACAACGGCAAGCCACUCGGAAUUGCAGGGGACAGAGCGAAUGUACCAUGGGCUAUCUUCCGCUUUGACCCGGAUCCAUUGUGUGCUAAUGCACCUAUUUGUGGUCCAACCCCCUUUGAGCCGUCCUAUUCAGAGAAGAGACGAUGCCAGAGUCUACUGGAAAGUAUCUCUGGGCUCUCAGAGUUCCGAAAUUCUUCUGCUCUACAAGUUACAGCUCCCCAGUCCUUCACAACUCAAGUUUCGUGCUCGCCACAGGAUGCUCGGACGCAAAGAAAGCUUACCGCUAUAAAGGAUAUCCGAGAGGGUAUGCUUGUGGACCUGAUCGGUGAAGUAAUCAAGUUGUAUCCCCAGAACAGCGAGAAGGCACUAUUGUACUUGAGCGACUAUACUACAAAUAAGAAGCUGCAGGAUCAUCCAUCUGUAGAUGAUGACGGUGAUUCGUUCUAUCGGAGCAGGAAGAAGUGGGCUGGUCCACCCGGCCAAAUGUCCCUGCCCGUAACACUAUGGGAGCCACAUGCGAGCUUUGCUCGAGAAAAUAUUAAAGAUAACGACAUUAUAAGUUUAAAAUAUGUUCAUAUCAAGGCAAAUCGGCACAAUCUAACGAUCGAGGCUAGCAUGCACAGCGCGCGUUACAAUAACGUGCACUUGGUGGAUCCUGAGAAGAAUGAUUAUGCCAAAGAGCUUCUACGUCGGAAGAAUGAUUACUAUAGAGGAAUCAACACUGGAAAGCGGAAGGCUGAAGAAGAUGCUAAGCCAACAAAGGGCCUAAAAGCCCGCAAUAAGAAAAGGCUGGAGGGCAUGAAAGAAGAAAGCGAGGCAACUCGACAAUUGAAAGAACGCAACAGGCCUAAUGAACAUGGUAAGGCUGCCGCACUAAGGGUUGAUGGACAGAUAACUGAUCGAGACACGAUUGUAGUCAAAGCCAGUUAUGAAGGUGUCCGUGGACGGAGGAUCGAAGACAUCGUUACAAGUGAAUUCCACGAGUUUGAGUCCCAUGACGGUGUCGAGUAUCGUCUUCCAUUUCAAAAUCUGUGUUACAAAACUACUGUUCGUGUGGUCGAUUUCUUCCCUCCAAACAUAAAAGAUUUUGCAGUCCCUCAACAGCCUAAGGAGAAUCACUCGGGCAGCAGGAUAUACCAAGACGCAGAAGACGAUGGUGUCACUCGAUGGGAAUGGCGCUUUUGUCUCCUCAUUGAGGAUGCAUUACCCCCUCCGCCUGGGCAGCCAAAAGAACAGAUCAAACUUUUUGUGUCUGAUGCCAACGCAGAGUUCUUGUUGAAAAUGAGUGCAACCGACUUGCGCAAAGAUCCAGAACAGUUGGCGAUUCUACGGGAGCGGCUUUUCAUUCUUUGGGGUGAUCUCGAAGAACGGAAGAAAACAAUAACAGAGGAAAGUGGUCAAGGUCCUUUAAAGCUGGACCGCGCAUCCUCAAGGCCAUUCACAUGUUGUAUACAGGAGUAUGGUGUCAGGUGUUCCCACCUCUCAGAUGCGGAUGCAAUAUCUUACGAUACGUCUGGGUGCAGCCGCGAGGACUGCUUCGGUUGGGAAAGGCGAUUCGGUUCUUGA